AGAAUCAUAUCUGUUAACAUGCCAAAGUAACUCUAAACUUUAGAAAUUGGAAACUACUGAAUUGCUUCACAUCUCGAUCGGCAGCAACACUUCUGAGAAUGGAGACGGCGGGACAGUGGUUGGAGAAGGCGUUACUGGACCUUUGCCGGAAGACGGAGGGUUUGGAUUUGGACGGUGAUCUCAUCUCAGGGCUAGUCUCCUACUGUGAUCUUGCUCCUCCUAUUGACGCCAAGGAGUAUCUCGAUAAUAUUGUUGGCGAGGAAGCUGGCCGACAUGUGAUCGAUGAAUAUUUGAAGCGAAGAGGUUAUACAGAUACUACCAGCACCUUGCUAGAUGGUCCAACUUCCCAAUUACGGGAGUAUGUCAAACCACCAGCAAAAGAACCAAUUAGUGUGACUAAAAAACCUGUAAAAGCUCCAAAAGAGGCUGCACCAUCCACUUCCAAGGAGAAAAACAUCCCAACUCAGAUCACGCAACCACAAAACCAACAAACAGGCAAUCAAAGCAAGUCAAAGAAGAAAAAAUCUGGGAAAGUCAUAUCAAUUGCGGAGGCUUCCAAGGGCUCUAUCAUUUUUCAACAGGGAAAACCAUGUUCGUGUGAAGCUCGUAGGCACAGACUGGUUAGUAAUUGUUUAUCUUGUGGGAAGAUUGUGUGUGAACAGGAAGGAGAGGGACCUUGCAGCUUUUGUGGGGCCCUUGUUCUGAGAGAAGGAAGCACGUAUGCUGGGCUAGAGGAAGAAUUUGGUCCCUUAUCGGAUGCUGAGGCAGCAGCCGAAGCUUAUGCAAAGAGGCUUGUUGAUUAUGAUCGAAACUCUGCUGCACGUACAACUGUGAUAGAUGAUCAAAGUGACUACUAUGAGAUUGAAGGGAACAGUUGGCUGUCAAUGGAGGAAAAGGAACUUUUGAGAAAGAAAAAAGAGGAGAUAGAGGAGGCUGAACGUGCUAACCGCAACAAAGUUGUCAUCUCUUUUGAUUUGGUUGGGCGUAAGGUGCUUCUGAAUGAAGAUGAAGCCUCAGAACAAUUGCCGAAGAGCAUCUUGCUUAGGCCUGCUGAUGAUCGUGAAGUGAACCGGUUCAAACCCAACCCGAGCCUCGAGAUACAACCAAUCUUCAUCGACCCUGGGCCCAGCAAGAAAAAUGCCGAUGGCAAGGCGAAUCACAUGAACAAAGGGAUAGCUAAAGGCUUGUGUCUGGAAAUCAGUGGGAGAGUGCAGCAUGAUACCACUGAACUAAAAAACCAUGACCAUUUGGAUAUUAGCAGCUUCUAAAAUGGGGUUUUGUUUGGUGUACAAAAAAAUUCUUUUCUUUCAGCGGUUUCGUCUUGUAUACUUGAGCAUGAUAACAUUGGUGUCUCAUACGAUAUAUAUAUCCGAAUACGUGUUG